AUGUCAAGAGCACUGAAAUAUGAAAUUGAAAAACUUAAAAAGCGGCGCAGCCGAGGGACCUUGGUGUCCCGAGGGUGGUCGCUGAUGAGGUUCCUCAUCAAGGGCAGUGUGGCUGGGGGUGUCGUCUACCUGGUGUAUGACCAGGACCUGCUGGGGCCAAGUGACAAGAGCCAGGCUGUCCUUCAGAAGGCUGAGGAGGCAGUGGCCCCAGCCACGUACCAGUUCAGCCAGUACGUGUGUGAACAGACCGAUCUGAAGAUGCCCCAGCACCCAGCCCCUCCCAAGUUUAAUUUUCACGUCCGCGACUCCAGGAAUUCAGGCAUCAUUAAGGUGAUGUUGGCUCUGUCAGCGACCCCCUGCAAGGUCUGCGAGUACUCUAGGGAGGGCUGGGAAUACCUGAAGGAGCGAAUCAAGUAGCCCGUCAGAGGAGGCCACCUGCCCCAGCCAGGACCAGGGGCAGGGAUGUCACAGACCCGGAGACUCCGGACUGGGGCCGAGACCCCACUCCAAGGGCGGCUCCCGGCCUUGCUGGCCC